AUGAUGGAUUCAAACUCCCAGGAGUUGGUGUAUGUUGUCCGCUUGAACGAUAAUGGUUCUCCAGAUGCCUACAACGAAUAUGUCAACCUCCCCCCACCGACGAGCCCGCCGUACAGUCUCCGGCUUCAGUUCGAGGGAAGCAGCCCUUUAUGUCGACACGGCAGUCUUUGGGUAAAUAUCCCUUUAGUGGACGAGGAGUUUCAAAGGGACAAGUACCGUGAAUAUAAGCUGAAGCUGGAUUUCAACAAAGACGUCCGUAUCGAUAUUCCCGUUGCCGUAUCGGGUGCAUUCAGCUUUUACUUCACAUACCGUCACGUUCCAGAGCUCUUUGGAUCAAAGUCGGACUCUGGGACUGGAAAGGAGAGCCGAUCUGAGACAUACUACGUUAACGUCAGCCCUGCUAUCACGCUGAAGGGCAAAGCCCUACCACUAGAGUCCUUAUCCGUUUUUUCUCUGGUGUCCAAGUUUAUGGGCGAGUAUCCCAAAGACUGGAACAGACAUCUACGCGGAAUCGGGGAGAGGGGGUACAACGUGGUUCAUUUCACCCCUCUUGUUAAGCGAGGAGCCUCAAACUCACCGUAUAGCAUUUACGACCAACUAGAGUUUGAGGAAUGUUUCUCCAAUGGACAGAAAGAUGUGGCUGAGAUGACGUCGAACAUGGAGAAGGAGUACGGACUCCUGGCUCUGACAGACGUCGUCUGGAAUCAUGUUGCACAUAACAGCAAGCUUCUCGAAGAACACCCCGAGGUAGGCUACAACGUCAAGAAUGCCCCAUGGCUUGAAGCUGCCUUAGAGCUGGACACAGCUUUAUUAAAAUAUGGCGAUGAUCUCAGAAAUUUGGGACUGCCUACUGAAUUCAAAACCGAAGACGAUAUUUCCGUUGUUCUGGACAAAGCAAGGGCAAACGUCAUCGACAAGAUAAAGCUCUGGGAGUUUUACACCAUUGACGUUGAAAGAGAUGCUGCGGCUGCAUUUGUGUCCUGGAAAUCUGGACAGUUUGGAGACGAUGAGAUUGGCAAUCCGGCAGAGAUUCGAGAAUGGUCCGUGGAGAAGAAAGUCAGGUUCCUCCGAGAACAUGGAAUAACAAAUGCUGGCCGGGUUCUAGGACGAUAUGGCCGAAAAAUUGAUCCAAAGAUAGCUGCUGCUCUGCUCAUGGCCAUGUUUGGGAAAUAUGAAGAAAUUAAAACCAACGUUUCGAACGCUAAAGUGGAAUUUCAAAAAAUUCUCGAUGCCGUCAACCUGCCGCUAUUCAAGGAGUUUGACAAAGACGUUGCAGCUAUCCUUGACCAGCUCUUUGGCCGGAUAAAAUAUCUCCGGGUUGAUGACCACGGACCCAAAUUGGGACCUGUGACAAAAGAUAGCCCUUUGAUUGAGACAUAUUUUACUAGGCUUCCCCCAAAUGGUAAACACGACCCCAAGUCGCUUGCAUUGGCCAACAAUGGUUGGGUAUGGAAUGCAGAUGCUAUGAAGGACAAUGCUGGACCAGACUCUCGCGCCUAUUUGCUACGAGAAGUCAUCGUCUGGGGAGACUGUGUUAAGUUAAAUUAUGGGGCAUCUCGGGACGAAAAUCCUUUCCUAUGGGACUAUAUGGCGGAUUAUUCUAAGCUAAUGGCCAAACAUUUCAUGGGCUUUCGCAUAGACAAUUGCCAUUCAACACCGAUCCUAGUAGCCGAGCACCUCCUUGAUGAAGCCCGAAAGGUCCGACCCAACUUGGUUGUCUUUGCAGAGCUAUUUACUGGCUCCGAGCAAACUGAUUAUAUUUUUGCUAAGAGACUUGGCCUAACCGGUUUAAUUCGCGAAGCUAUGCAAGCAUGGAGUGCCGGUGAACUCAGUCGACUUGUUCAUCGUCAUGGAGGCCGUCCCAUUGGUAGUUUUGAGGCAGAUCUUCUAUCUCAUGGUGACCAUAGGGAGUCCAAUCAGAUUGUUAAGCAAUUGCAGUAUACACCUCUCCACGCACUCUUCAUGGACUGUACGCAUGACAACGAAAUGCCCGCUCAAAAACGCGAAGCAAGAGAUACGCUUCCAAAUGCUGCUUUAGUUGCCAUGUGCUCGUCUGCCAUUGGUAGUGUUAUGGGAUAUGAUGAGAUCUAUCCCGAGCACAUAGAUUUGGUCAACGAGAAACGCUUAUAUUCCUCUUCAUUCUCUGAAGAUGGGGUCAAGUAUAAGACUGGUGCAGGGGGUAUUGGUGGAAUAAAAAAGCUGCUGAACGAGCUUCACACCUGCAUGGCGGUAGGCCGCUAUGAUGAAACCCAUAUCCAUCACGAGGGCCAGUUCAUAACUGUUCAUCGGGUCCAGCCAAACUCAAGAAAGGGCGUGCUGCUAAUAGCCCAUACUGCAUUCUCUGGUUCUAAGGAUACCCACAAACUAGAUCCAAUAGUCCUUUCAGGGACUAAGGCUAAAAUGAUAGGUGCUUGGAAAUUGGAGGCGGGUGCUGCAAAUGGCGAUGCCAAUCCCCAUGGAGAAUACAUUACUGGGCUUCACAGUAAUGUUUCUGGCGUUGAAGGAAUCAGUAUCAGCGAAGACGGUAACAAUACCAUUAUCCGUGUACCGGAUGACCUCUCCCCUGGAUCUAUUGCUCUUUUGGAUACCUGGCUACCAGAAACGAAUUUGCUCAAGGAUUUGAGCACAUUCAUUACCUCGGAUGCAGAAGCAGCAUUCGAGUCGCUAGAUCCUGUCGAUCUCAAUUUCGUUUUAUACAAAUGUAAUGCUGAAGAAAAGGAUAUCAGUAACGGCUCGGACGGAGUGUAUGAUGUUCCAAAUUUUGGCCCAUUAGUUUAUGCUGGGCUUCAGGGCUGGUGGAGCGUUCUCGAAGACGUUAUUCGAAGAAAUGACGUCGGUCAUCCUAUUUGUGACAACAUUCGAAGAGGGCAGUGGGCACUUGAUUUUAUUGUUCAAAGAAUGAAGAAAGCGGCUUCUGAUGAAGGGUAUAAACGAUUGAGCAAACCAGCUGAAUGGAUUCAGGGGCGCUUUGAUGCGAUUAGAAAGCUCCCAUCUUUCUUGCUACCACGCUAUUUUGCCAUUGUUGUAAAGACAGCGUACGCAGCCGCGUUGGCACGAGGUAUUCGACUUCUUGGUGUUACUAUUGAACAUGGAAAGGACAUUAUCCACGAACUUGCGAUGGUCAGUAUACAACAAGUGGGCUUUGUCAACUCAGCAUCACUUUAUCCGACUAAACGUAUACCUUGUCUCGCGGCCGGCCUCCCGCAUUUUUCAACCGGUUGGGCGAGGUGCUGGGGAAGAGACGUUUUUAUCUCUUUGCGUGGCCUACUCUUGUGCACUGGGAGGUUUGAUGAAGCCAAAGACCAUAUCCUUGCUUUCGGAAGCGUUCUCAAACAUGGUCUCAUACCGAACUUGCUGUCAGAUGGAAAGGCACCGAGAUAUAACGCUCGUGAUGCAGUAUGGUUCUACUUACAGGCUAUCCAGGAUUAUACCAAGAUCGUACCUGAUGGAAUCAAAAUUUUAAAUGAGAAUGUUCGCCGUCGAUUUCUACCAUAUGACGAUACAUGGUUCCCCCACGACGAUGAACGAGCAUAUCGCGAGACUUCCACAGUGGCAGAAAUUAUCCAAGAGAUAUUCCAGUGUCACGCAUCAGGCAUUUCAUUCCGUGAGUACAACGCAGGGCCUAACCUCGAUAUGCAAAUGAAGGAGGAGGGCUUCCAGGUGAAUGUUCAUGUCGACUGGGAAAAUGGUCUAGUUUUUGGAGGGAACCAAUGGAACUGCGGUACGUGGAUGGAUAAGAUGGGUGAGAGCACUAAGAGCGGAAAUAAGGGCUAUCCAGGAACGCCUCGUGAUGGAGCGGCUAUUGAGAUCAACGGCCUACUGUACAGCACCCUUGCAUGGAUUUCAACCUUGGUGGAUCAAGGGAAAUUUCCACCAAAGGACGUGGACAUUGGCUCCGGAAAGUCAAUUACCUAUGCGGAUUGGACUGCCAAAGUUAAGUCCAACUUUGAGAGAUGCUAUUACAUCCCCGAAAACCCAGCGGAUGACUGUAAGUAUGAGGUCGAUAGCAACAUUGUCCAUCGACGAGGCAUUUACAAAGACUUAUAUCGCUCGGGCAAGCCGUAUGAAGACUAUCAGUUCCGGCCAAACUUUGCGGUUGCCAUGACAGUCGCACCCGAAUUAUUUACGCUGGAUAAAGCGCUCCGUACCCUCGAACUCGCCGAUAAUAUCCUCCGUGGCCCAAUGGGUAUGGCAACCCUGGACCCCAAGGACCUCAACUAUAAUCCUUACUAUGUCAACUCCGAGGACUCAACCAACUUCGCAACAGCGAAGGGGAGGAACUAUCACCAAGGACCAGAGUGGCUGUGGCCCACAGGGUAUUUCCUGAGAGGUUUGCUGAAGUUUACCCUCAUGCGAAGGGACAGCCUUCAGGACCGGAUGGAUAUAUUCCAGCAGCUCACAACCCGGCUUGAACAAUGCAAAAAGGCUCUCCGUACCAGCCUAUGGAGAGGGCUAACGGAACUGACGAAUAAAAAUGGGGAGUUUUGUGCAGACUCGUCUCCAACCCAAGCAUGGUCUGCGGCUUGUUUGAUUGAUCUUUAUUAUGAUGCAUCGCAACUGAAGAAGCUGGAGGGAUAA